GGGAGUGUACUUGCACUUCACUUAAGCCAUCACACCAAAGUUUCAUAUUGCCCAAAUUUCAGAAAAAUAUGUAUUAAGUGCAGUUUCUGCUUUAUUCUUAUAAAUUUAGCUGUACGUUAUUUUUGCACCUGUUGGUUAUGCAGAUCUUGUUAAAACCGGAAGUCUUGGAUGUUGACAAUGAGCAUUCAUUUUAAAUGUAUGUUACAAUUCUGACCAAUUUUCUUAUGCACCAGGUUUCAAGUAAAAAAGAAACGGUUCUUCCGCAACUUCAUGACAAUUAUGCUGUUUGGUGCAGUUGGAACACUGAUCUCCUUUAUUAUUAUUUCACUUGGAGCAAUAGGAAUAAUUAAAAAAAUGGAUAUAGGUGUUCUGGAAAUUGGAGAUUAUCUUGCAGUUGGAGCGAUCUUUUCUGCAACAGAUUCUGUUUGCACCUUGCAGGUUCUCAGUCAGGAUGAGACGCCUUUACUUUAUAGCCUGGUUUUUGGCGAAGGUGUUGUAAAUGAUGCCACUUCAAUAGUGCUUUUUAAUGCAAUCCAAAACUUUGAUCUAGGAAAUAUUGAUGCUGUUACUGUUUUGAAGUUUGUUGCAAACUUCUUUUCUCUAUUCUUUACCAGCACUUUUCUUGGAGCAUUUGCUGGAUUGUUUAGUGCUUAUAUCAUCAAAAAGUUGUAUUUUGGCAGACAUUCUACUGAUCGUGAAGUUGCAAUUAUGAUACUUAUGGCUUACCUUUCCUAUAUGCUGGCAGAAGUGAGUGUCUUCUUUUAAAUCAACAAACAUAUUUAGAAACAGUCUGGCUUUCCCUUGUCUCCAUGAUGCUUGAUAUU